AUGGCGACCGAAACGACGACAAUCACCGCACCCAUGGCCGCUUCCGAGGCGACGCCCACCACCGAACCAGUUCCCGAUCUGUCGGCCUUGACCGCGGCCGUCGACGAUGAGCCGGCGCCCCCGACUGACGCGAAGAACGACGAGUCCAGCGCCGAAACGUCGUCAGAGCACGAGCAGGGCAAGAAGCGCUCCUCGUCCACCGCGGACCUCAAGGAUGGAGCGCCGCCGGCCAAGAUCACGAAGCGCAGGGCUGCCCGCGCCUGCGUGAGCUGCAGAGCGCGCAAGGUGCGCUGCGACGUUGUCGAGGGCGCGCCUUGUGGCAACUGCAGAUGGGACAACGUCGAGUGCGUUGUCCAGGAGAGCCGUCGACGAAAGAAGAAUCUCUUGACUGCCAGCACGGCGGGGCACCAUGUUGUGGGAGCCGAGGCUCAAUUGCGCUCCAAGGGCGCGAACCCAAUCAACAUCCACAGCAGCGCGGAAUUGCGCCGACCCAGCAAUGCCUCGGUGGCCUCGGUCAACGGAUCAAUUGCAGCGAAUCCCGUUGCCGCUGCCGCCGCCGGCGUGAGCAUGGGUGCGACACCCGGCAUUGGCGCCGGGGCUGGAGUUGGAGUUGGAGUUGGAGCUGGAGUUGGACCAGGCGUGCUUGGGGGUCUGUCGGUAACCGGCGGCUCUUCUGACGGACUCGAGGGCCAUGUUCCUCACAUGAUCUAUCAACGAUCGGGCUACCGUAAUGACAGCGCAGCUAUGCUCACCAAGCUGCAGUCCGCUGCCGCCGCGGCGUCAGCAGACUCCAACUCUCGCCGUUUGCUGUCCAACCUGCUUGCCCAGGCCUCUCUCUUUGGAGGCAUCAGCGGUGGUGGUGGUGGUGCCGGUGUUGCUGGUGGCGAUGGCAGGACGAGUCAAUUCCUCGCAUCUCUCGAGGAGCCUGACCUCCACGCUCAGCUUCCGGCCUUCGUGAAACCACUUCCCGCCAAGAUCGCCCAAGAGGAUGUCACCUACCUCCACGCCAAGGGGGCCUUGACUCUGCCUGCCCUUCCGUUGCAGAACGCCCUGCUGCAGGCCUAUGUCGAAUACGUUCAUCCGUACAUGCCUCUGCUGGAGCUGUACGAUUUCCUCGCCACCAUCAACGCUCACGAUGGCCUGAAUGGUCAAAUCAGUCUGUUCUUGUACCAAGCUGUCAUGUUUGCCGCCACUGCCUUUGUCGACAUGAAGGUUCUCCGUGAAGCUGGCUACCCAACCAGGAAGGCCGCAAGGAAGGCCUUCUUUCAAAAGACGAGGCUCCUCUACGACUUCGACUACGAGUCGGAUCGCCUCGUCCUCGUCCAGGCUCUUCUGUUGAUGACGUACUGGUACGAGACUCCCGACGACCAAAAGGACACAUGGCACUGGAUGGGUGUUGCAAUCUCGCUGGCCCACACCAUUGGCCUCCACCGCGAUCCGGCUGCUACCAGCAUGCCGCCUCGCAAGCAGAAACUGUGGAAGCGCAUCUGGUGGUCUUGUUUCAUGCGGGACCGCCUCAUUGCUCUGGGCAUGCGCCGACCCACUCGCAUCAAGGACGAAGACUUCGACGUGCCGAUGCUUCAGGAGGCCGACUUCGAGCUCGAGGUCCUGCCUGAGGAUAACACGGUCAUUCCCACCGAGUGCACCCUGCUUCGCGAUGUAGCCAUGCAGAAGGAGCUUGCCGCUCUCUGCAUUUCUAAGGCCCAGCUUUGCAUCUGCAUAAGCCACAUGCUCAAGGCUCAGUACUCUGUCCUGAUCAGGGAUAAGAUGCGCCCAGAGAACACUGUCAACAGCACCAUGAUGUUGUUCCCCAACAAGAAGUUGGACAAUGUGGAGAGCGUGACUUCGGUUGACUUGGAGCUUAUGGCCUGGGCGGAAACUCUCCCCCCUAUCUGCCAGUACAGGCCCCUGACUCCGUUGGACGUCAAGAACGGCCGCUCGACCGUUGCCGUUCAGCGCACACUUCUUCACAUGGUCUACUUCACCACCAUCUCAGCUCUGCACCGUCCCCAGUUCUUGCCCUCUUCGCCGGUUCACGCCCCGACGACUUCUCGUCAAGUGCAAGAAAUGUCUCGGUUGCGUGUCCGAGAUGCGGCGAUGCAUGUAACUCGCAUGGCGGCUGAGCUUCACCAGUUGCGCCUCGAGAAGUAUCUGCCCACCACCGGUGUGACGGUCAUUCUGCCAGCCAUGAUUAUCCAUCUUCUGGAAAUGAAGAACCCUGUGUCCCAAUCCAGGGAUCGCGCCACUCGUGGCUUCCGCCAGUGCAUGCGUGUCAUGGAGAAGUUGCGCGAGAUCUACGCCGCCGCUGACUACGCCACGGGCUUUCUCGAUGCUGCCCUGCGCAAGGCUGCUAUUGACAUAAACCUACAGCAGCCAACCGCAGCCAUGACGGCGCAGAAUCUCAAGCUUGCCGAUCCCACCUUUGGAGCGCAGACUCCUCCGCCUGACAACCUGCCCUACAUGACUUCUGGCGAGACCAUGUUCGCUGCGAAGCCUAACCCGCAGCGUGACUUUCUCCCCCAGACCAUCAGUGCGGCCGCCCUGGACUUGUCGGCCACUAGCCCGCCGCAUACCGAGAAUGAAUCUGCCAUGGGCGGCUUGACCCCAAGUGCCAGUGGAAGCUCCGAGGAGCCUGGCCCACUUGACCUGGAAUUCCUCCAAAAUCAGGAGGAAAUUGACUGGAACGCCGUCACCGGCACUGAGUUUGACGUCGAUCAGUGGCUUCAGUUCCCGCCCGAGGGCGUGAACAACUCUGACGAAGGCUUCAUGGCCAACGUCUUUGGCGAGGACAGCAUGAACGACGCUAUGAACUGGGCCGCGACUGGCGUCGACACAACGACGAAAGAAGGCGAUGGUGCUGCUGAAAUUGCCACCCUCGCCUAA